GUUCUCGCGGGAUGUGAUUGUAUUUAGGCAGGAAGUGGCGGCUCGACUUCCCUUUUUCAACACUGCACACGGAGGGACAGACGUGUUGGCAACAUGAGCAAGGUUUCCAGAGACACCCUCUAUGAGGCGACCCGAGAGGUCCUGCAGGGGUCCCAGCAGAAGGAGCGCAAGUUCCUGGAAACGGUGGAGCUGCAGAUCAGCCUGAAGAACUACGACCCCCAGAAGGACAAGCGUUUCUCGGGCACUGUCAGACUGAAGACCACCCCCCGGCCCAAGUUCUCAAUCUGUGUCCUGGGAGACCAGCAGCACUGCGACGAAGCGAAGGCAGCAGACAUUCCUCACAUGGACAUCGAGGCGCUCAAGAAACUCAACAAGAACAAGAAGCUGGUCAAAAAACUCGCUAAGAAGUACGAUGCUUUCCUGGCUUCAGAGUCCCUGAUCAAGCAGAUCCCUCGUAUCCUGGGUCCAGGGCUUAACAAGGCGGGCAAGUUCCCCUCCCUGCUCACCCACAACGAGAACAUGAGCACCAAGGUGGACGAGGUGAAGUCCACCAUCAAGUUCCAGAUGAAGAAGGUACUGUGCCUGGCUGUGGGGGUGGGCCAUGUGAAGAUGACAGAAGAGGAGCUGGUGUACAACAUCCACCUGUCAAUCAACUUCCUGGUGUCUCUGCUCAAGAAGAACUGGCAGAAUGUGAGAGCCCUGUACAUCAAGAGCACCAUGGGCAAGCCACAGCGCCUCUACUAGACCUGCGCCCUGCCUUGAACGAAUAAUAAACUUUUUACAGAUUCAA